AUGAGCUCAGCGCUAUCCAUGCCAGUGCCAUUCUCUGAACCCCCUUGGCUCAACGGUCUGCCAUCACCUUACUACAACGAAUCUCACGGGAAAUGGCAGAAAGCAUGCCGAGACUUCAUCUCAGAGCACUUGGCACCACAUGCACUACAAUGGGAGACCGAAGGAAGCGUCCCUGAUCAUGUCUUUGAGACCUUUUCCAAGCACCAUAUGCUCAUUCCCAAUUUGCCCGCACCACUGCCAAUUGCCAUGCUAAAGAGUCUCGGCAUCACUGAGCUCGCAGGGGGUCUCAAGAUUGAAGAUUUCGAUUACAUGCACUUCUCCAUCUACAUCACUGAAAUGCGCAGGAUGGGCAUUGGUGGUCCGGCUUCUUCCUUGUCCACUGGCAUGGCCUACGGUAUGCCUCCUAUCAUCACAUAUGGUAGCGCGGAGCUGCAGAAACGGUUACUUCCGGAUCUGAUCAAGGGGAAGAAGAGGAUCUGCAUCGCCAUCACUGAGCCUGACGCCGGUAGUGACGUGGCCAAUAUCACCACAACUGCUGAGAGGAGUCCUUGCGGAAAGUUCUAUAUCGUGAAUGGAGAGAAGAAGUGGAUAACAAACGGCAUCUGGUCGCACUAUGCUACCAUGGCCGUUCGUACAGGAGGCCCAGGAGCUUCAGGAGUCACCAUGCGCCGAAUGAAAACAAGCGGUGGGACAACAAGCGGCACCACCUUCAUUGAUCUCGAGGAUGUCAAAGUUCCGAUUGAGAAUUUGAUCGGUCAGGAAGGUCAGGGUAUGAAGAUGAUUACUCGGAACUUCAACCACGAGAGACUUGCAAUCUCUAUUGGUGUUGUCUCCUCAGCCAGAGCAGCUCUUUCAGCAGCUUUCGCAUAUGUUCUCAAGCGCGAGGCCUUUGGAAAGCCUCUAAUGGACCAACCAGUCGUCCGCAAUCGCCUAGCCAGGGCUGGCGCAGAACUCGAAUCGAUCUCAGCCUGGACAGAGCAGUUGGUCUACCAGCUGUCCAACCUUGAGGGCCCAGAUAUGCGUCAGAGUCUGGGAGGUCUGGUUGCACUGGCGAAAGCCAAAGCGGGGCUAGUCAUUGAUGAAUGUGCUCGCUGUGCAGUUCUGCUCUUUGGAGGUAAUGGCUAUACCCGUACGGGGCAGGGAGAGCUGGUGGAGAAGAUCUAUAGAGAGGUACCAGCUGCAAGGAUCCCUGGAGGAACUGAAGACGUCAUGUUUGAUUUGGCUAUUCGUCAGCUUGUCAAAGCGUAUCAGUCAAAGACGAAGGCACUGAACGCGGCAAAGCUUUAA